UUCUCAAUAUAUAUAUAUAAAAUCUCACCCUCGCCCUUCUGAAAUUACUAAUUGUUGUAUGGGUUCUGAAUCAUCAACAGAUCAACCAAAAUUGUUCCCACCAGGUUUCCGUUUCCAUCCAACGGAUGAAGAACUCAUUCUGUACUAUCUCAAGCGUAAGCUUUGCGGCCGUUCCCUCAAACUUGAUAUCAUUGCCGAUCUUGAUGUUUACAAAUGGGACCCACAUGAUUUACCAGGUCAAUCCAAAUGGAAAACUGGUGACAGGCAGUGGUUCUUUUUCAGUCCUCGAGAUAGAAGGUAUCCAUUUGGAGGAAGAUCAAACAGGGCUACUGUAAACGGGUAUUGGAAAGCAACAGGAAAGGACCGGAUUAUUAACUGCAACUCACGGUCAGUUGGUAUAAAGAAAACCAUCGUUUAUUACCAAGGCCGUGCACCCUCUGGUCAACGCACUGAUUGGGUGAUGCACGAGUAUGUCUUGCACAAGGAAGAAUUAAAAAGAUGCAGGUGCACACAACCAUGUUAUGUUCUAUACAAACUUUUUAAGAAAAGUGGACCCGGCCCCAAAAAUGGCGAGCAGUAUGGUGCUCCCUUUGUAGAAGAGGAAUGGGUCAAUGAUGAUGAGUAUUUAGAUGUUGAGCCGCUUUUGGUAAGGAAUAUUAAUGCCUUGGUCAACGAGCCUAAACAGUUGACGGUUGGCGUUGACAUUGUUCCACCAAUGACUCAGAUUAAUCCAGUCGACGUUGAGGAUGUUGACAGGCAGAUAUACAUUGGCCCGAACCACAAGCCAUUGGAGGUGCAGUCUGGUCCUGAUAUGCCUAAGUCAGUAAACGAACCGUCUGUGAAUACUUAUGUGGAGGGGGUGAACCCUUUGGUGGUUAAUGAAGAUUUUCUUGAAAUGGAUGAUCUAAUUGGUCCACAACCUCUGCAGUUUGCUGAUUUUGGUGGGUUUUGUGACUAUGCCUUGUACGGUUCAACCUCUGUUAACGAGACUAUUCCGUAUGAAAGUCAACAAAUUCAGAAGCCGUAUUAUGCAACUAAUCUUCAGUAUGGAAUGGGAACCUCAGGUUACAACCUCUGGUCGCAUGACCAAAGCAACUACAACUUUGUAGCUGCACAAGCAACUGAAGAGUUUAUGGAAUCACAAGCGGGUGAAAUCACCACCUCUGCUCCUUCAGGUGUGACAUCUGAUGACCCUGGAAAACCCGAUUCCCAUGUGAACCAUUGUCAAGAUAUUGGAGAAGAUGAUGGUUCGGAUUCAUGGUUCUCUUCUGCUUUAUGGGCUUUUGUUGAGUCGGUGCCGACCAAUCCUGCUUUAGCCGUGGAAAGCGAUGCUUUUUUGAGUAAAGAGUUUAGCAGAAUGAGCAACAUAUAUGCUGAUAGUCAUGGUGGUGUAGAACGUACCUCGGUAGCUAGAAGGGGAGGGCGAUCAUCAAGACCAAAGGGCAGUAGGGUAAUUGUCUAUUUUUGUGUAGGAGUAGUAUUUGCUCUAAUGUAUGUGUUUUUAGGGACAUGUGGGAACGUGUAAAUUGUGAUGAUUUUUUAGGAAGUUGAAAGCAAGCCUUUUUGAAUGA